GGUGGCUCGAGCUCCCGGCUAGCAUGGCACGCAUGGCUGUGGCAGCGGUAGCGGCUGACCGUGCGAGCUGAAGACCUAACGUUUGAACAAGCCAGUGCCAAUCCAUAUCAUUGGUCCACCAAAUAAAUUCAUUGAAGCUUGAUUCCGCAUUCUACCCUCUGCGCAAACCCAAAUGUGGAUGGGGCUCGAGCUCGAUGGUGUCGGUUUGGAAGCCUCUGGGUCAUGCCUAAAGAAAUGGAUCUAAAAUUGGUAAGUCCCGUGGCGAAGAUGAGGUUUGACAAGAGCCUCAACUCUAGGUACCUACCUUCCAUUAUCAUCAAGACUCUUGACUUUAGUUUCCUUUUCUUUGGCCUCACCUGUCGAAAUUCUCCGCGCCAGGCGAUGAUGCUUCGACGGACGCGAAUACCUUGACAAACGUAUCUGGAGACCAAGAUGACACGAUGAUUACAUUGAGAAACUCACAUUUCCAUUGUUGUUGUUGACAAGCAAGCGAUGGACAUACACCACACCUCAACCAGACGAAUCUCGAUUGUCUUCUAGUGAGCAAAGAAAACCACUUCUUCGACUUCUCACCGUGUGCGAUACAUUUCCGCCGGCUUUCCUCUUCUCUGUCUCAUUUUCCGCCGAGAUGAAAAUCAACCAACUUUUCCCACAGCGGCGGUUCGGAGCCUCUGGCGAACGUGAGGCGACUGUUCGAAAACACAUCCCAUGGAUUUCAUCACCGCUCCAGGAGGAUGUACAACCCGAUUCCACACAGCAAGGACAUAAUGCAGGAUCAAGUUCGGCGACACUUUCAGGUACCAAUGGACCGAGCGAUGGAGGAUUGAAACUGCCUCCGUUCAAACAUCGCCAUGAAGCAAGCACGAUUGAACUCUUCUAUGAUCUUUUCUUCGUGGCGAAUCUGGCCACUUUCACUAAUAACCACGAAAUCGUGGACAGUAAAUGUAAGUUAGCGGAGAAUUGUGGAAUUGUUGAGGGUUUGGCGGAUGAUGAACGACUUUCUUCGAUAUCAAUUCAUUCCAUCCAGUCGAACGAGGUACCCCGUGCAUAUUUUAUGGAUAUUUGGGCUAAUCACUUUCACAGCAUUACGAAACUACAUUGGCUUCUUCACGAUUCUGUGGUUCACAUGGCUACAGACAUCCUUGUUCGACGUCCGAUUCGGAGUGGAUUCGGUCUUGCAGCGAAUCUUUAACAUCACAUCCUUCGGGAUCAUGACGGGAUUUGCCGUGGUGGGCGCCAUCUAUGACACAACACACCUGGUCGAAAACAUCAAGGGCUUUCGAGCCAUGUGCCUCGUCCUCAUGACAUCCCGGUUGAUUCUUGCGCUCCAGUACGGGGUCAUCUUAUGGUUUGUCCGCCGUUACAACCACACUUGGCUACCUUUGCUCAGCACCAUGGGCGUUUUGUUCCUCGCUGCCAUGGGCUACCUCGGAACAUAUUGGGGAUUCGACGUUGACGACUUUACUUCCACGGCCCCUCAUACUUACUACGCCUGGUAUGGUAUUGCCGUCGCCGAGGCCGCCGCUGUUAUUACCAUUUCUUCCAUUUGGAGAGUCGUCAGUUUCAAACGGACACAUCUCGUCGAGAGAGUCGGUCUCUUGACUCUUAUCAUCAUGGGCGAAGGCAUCAUCGGCGUAGCCAAAUCCGUAUCCAUGAUCCUGCAGACAUCACGAGAUACCGAGGCUGCCGACAUUGGCAACAUUGCAUCAUCGGUGCUCGUCAUUUAUUUCAUCUGGGUCUUGUACUUUGACCAGAUCGAGCACGAACGAUUCGGCACCAUCCGACAACAAGUCUGGGCGAUCCUACACUUUCCAUUACACGUGGCCAUGCUGCUAACGGUGGAGGGCACGGCGGCUUUGAUAUUGUGGAACAUCAUCGCCAGAUAUCUCCGCGGAUGGAUAGACUAUGUCAACAAUAUCCCCGCGAGUAUCAACUCGACGUCGGAGAUGGUUGAAUAUCUAGAGACGGGGAUCUUGGUGAUUGAGGAUCUGUUCAAAGAAUCGCAUACGGACUUAGCGCAUACAUACAACUACCACCACAAUUUGACGUCAAUUUCCAACAUCUCUGCGCCGUUCAAUACGCCGGCGUGGAACGCCCAAUUCACCCCACUGCUCCAGGAUCUAGCGUUUGGUGUGGUCAACGCCAUCUUCACCAAAUUCGGCAUCGAGGGCCCCGAACAGGACGAAACGAUCCAUAUGACAGAGAGCGAGCGAUCCGAAGCCCUGGCCAACGUCUUCUCCACCGUGUUUGCUUACGUGUAUAUCGCUGCGGGCGCAUUCGCCAUGCUCCUCGGUGUGCUCUACUGGUUCGGCAAGACCAGAAAGUCCUUGGCCGAAUGGUACGCAAUCCUCAUUCGGGUUAUCUUUGGUUUGGGUCUUUGUGGCUUCUCCGCCAUCGCCUUUACCGAUGGUGGUGCUUCAGACGGUUUUACUUUCAGUGCUUGGCCUAUUCCAGUGAUCAUGUUCACGUAUGGCGUCGUGAUUUUGCUGGACAAUCUAAUCCUUUGGUGGGGGAAUAGAGCAGUGAAAAGGAGAAAUAAACAAGCGACCCAACAACAUGCUCGGCCUGGCAUGCUAGACUUGAAAUUUGGCUCACGUUCGAAUGAUGCGACGGCGCAACGUACUGCGGAAAAGUUACCUGCGGGGAAUGAAUCGGCGGUGUAAUGAAAUGGGAUUCUGAACAGGGAUAAAUAUGAUUCAUCAACUGUAUAGCAAGCUAUAUACUACCUGUAUAGAGUCCUUGAGACUGGUUUGAUGUGACUUAGUAGCAUCCUCUACUAGCGCAAUGCAGCGAGGAGUUUAGCAAACACUAAUACUCUUGGCGUUAAUUACA